CCGCCCGGGCGCUGCUUGCGGAGCCGGCGGGCCCACCGUGUGCCCUCACACCGAAAAGGCGUGGCCUCCCGCCCCAGCCCUGGUCCCCUAAACCGGCACGCUCGGCUUCACUCUGAUCUGUAAAAGACGACCUCGUGAAUGAUCGCUUCCAGGACUCGGCACUGACGCCCGAGAUUUGGCUCUCUCUGUGGAUGGAUAACACCCAGGACCUCCGCGAUCAGGCUUUCUGAUAAAGCGAGGUGUCCAGGUUCCUCUUCAGAAGGGGCCUGUGAGCGCUGGGCGGCCACCUUCAAUGUUUGGGUGCAAAUGUUACCAGAAACUGCUUUUUUCCCCUCAGGUGUCGGUGACUCCGUCUCCAGCUAAACAUCGGGCCAAGAUGGAUGACAUCGUGGUCGUGGCUCAAGGCUCUCAGGCCUCCAGGAAUGUCAGCAAUGAUCCUGAUGUCAUCAAGCUGCAAGAGAUCCCAACCUUCCAGCCUCUUCUAAAAGGGCUCCUGAGUGGACAGACAUCCCCGACAAAUGCCAAACUGGAGAAGCUGGACUCUCAGCAGGUGUUGCAGCUUUGCCUACGGUACCAAGAUCACCUGCACCAGUGUGCAGAAGCAGUCGCCUUUGAUCAGAACGCUCUCGUCAAGCGAAUCAAAGAGAUGGAUCUGUCCGUGGAAACCCUGUUUUGCUUCAUGCAGGAGCGCCAGAAAAGAUACGCCAAGUAUGCGGAGCAGAUCCAGAAGGUGAAUGAGAUGUCGGCCAUCCUGCGCCGCAUCCAGAUGGGCAUCGACCAGACGGUGCCGCUGAUGGAGAGACUCAACAGCAUGCUGCCUGAGGCCGAGCGCCUGGAGCCCUUCAGCAUGCGGCCUGAACGCGAGCGCCGCUAGCUGCGCCCGCCCCGCCCCGCCCUGCCCCGCCCCGCCCCGCCCCGCCGGCAGCAGCUCCACCAGCGUCCGCCCGGGCCCGCGGUGGCUGAGAUGUGUUUGACCAGGACUUCCCACACCGUCGUCCUUGAAAUCCGAAGUCGGGACAGUUGAAUGUCUGUGAAUUCUCUAAAGAACUUUGCAUCAAGAGUUAUUUUUAUUUUGCCCAGAUUUCUGAAAUAAAAGUGUAUAUAGACUGGCUCCUGCAAGAACCUGGAGAAAAUGUUAAGACCCCGUGUUGUCCUCGGCGCCUGUGCCUUGGCCCAGGCUCCCUGGGUUGUGGGUGUAAACAUGAGGUCUGAGUCCAGUCACUGUCCCACGAAAGCACCAUCGCAUCAAGGAGCCUUUGGCAGGGUCUUCCUCCCCGCCGGACACCGCCUCUUUGUUCCCGGGCACCAGGCCCCUUUUGCGGGUCACCGGAGCCCGAAGUCUCCCUUCACUCACUCUGCUUUCCCAUACAGCAUUCAGCCUCUGUCGGCUGACCUCGGCCUCCACAAGGUUCGCACCAACUUUUGACCCUCGCUCCAAUGGCCGCCAUUCUCUCACCAGAGUCCCACUGGGCUCUGCGCAUGCGCCAGGGACGUGAAGAGGCUGCGAGCCUCUGUCUCCCCUCCUCUCUGUGGAUCAUGAAGCCCAGGGAAGCCUGGCUGCCCAUCACAGCAGUUCAAGGAAGAAAGGCCCUAGGGAGGGAGGGGACGGAUGCAGGGAACCAGGCCUGCAGACAAGAGCUGAGCUCUGAAGAGAUGGGACCGGGAGCCUGCAGCCUCCGACUGGUUCCCUCUUCCAGAACAGAACAGCCUUCAGUGUUUUACAAGAUUAAAAUUAAUCUGCUUAAGUUAUUGCGGAGCAGCUAAACUUGA